AUGAUUGAAACUGAAAAUAUAGAAGAUCAAAAUGGAUUACGCCCAGAUGGUAGGCGGGCAUUAGAAUUAAGGCAAAUUCGUGUAAAAAUGGGGGUUUUUGGCCAAGCUGAUGGAAGUGCCUAUAUUGAACAGGGUAACACUAAAAUUUUGGUUACUGUAUAUGGACCUCAUCAGCCAAGAGGUUCUACAGGAAGAAACACAAGUAAUAUUAGUAAAGGUAUAGUAAAUUGUCAAUAUAGCAUGGCAGUGUUUAGUUUGUCUUCUGGAGAACGUAAACGCAAACCAAGAGGUGAUAGAAAAUCGCAAGAAAGAUCUCUUCAAUUAAAACAUGCAAUGGAAGCCAUAAUACAUUUAGAGAUAUAUCCACGUUCACAAAUAGAUAUUUAUGUAGAAGCAUUACAAGUUGAUGGAAGUGAAUAUUGUGCAUCUGUAAAUGCAGCAACACUUGCUUUAAUUGAUGCUGGAAUUCCUAUAAAAAAUUAUGCGAUAGGUUGCACUGUAACAUUAAUUAAUAACCCAUCUUUAGAAGAUGAAGAUAAUACAUUAGGGAAAGGAGUGCUAGAUGCAAAUUAUGUAGAAGAAUGUACUCCUGGUGUUACUUUGUCUGUUGUUGCAUUACCAAAUAAUGAUAGUACAUCAAGAGAUGGUUUGAUAGUAGUAGCACAAGGAGCAGGCCAAAGAUUGCACUUAUCUCAAUUUGAAUCUUUGAAAGCUCGUGUAUUAUAUGGAUGUCAAGAUAUAAGAACUAUUUUAGAUUAUGCAGUCAGAGAAUAUUUAACAGAACAAUCACUUCCUUCUCUUUUUCAUGUUGCAUUAAACUAG